UGGAGAAGAGCCGCGUUUUCGGCGCCGCGCACUGGGAGCUGGUAUAGCCUGACGACGGAUACCCGCAGGACAUAGCACUUUAAAGCCAAUUUAAACGCAAUAGAGUGUUUCUAUGAAUAUUUAAGGGGGAUCUUUUAAAUUAAUGCAUCGCUUAGAAAAAUCCAGAUGAACCUUAGCACGGCUUAACAGUGCAACCGCAGGAACUGGCCACAGCACAUUCGCUCAGCACAUUCGCCAGGCACAUUCCCUCGGCAGGUUCUCUCGGCACGUUUCGCUUGGUGCGCUAGUUUGGUAACUAGUUCGGUAGAAAGCGCCAUCGCAAUGGAUAUACAGAACUGCUCGUCAAACGCGUCACAAACGUGUUUCCAAGAAGCAAGUGGAGGGGAAAUACGCGUUGACUUUGGUGGCAAACUAGCCAAGAUCAUGGCGUAUUUGGUAAUCGCGAUUGUGGCUUUAAUCGGUAAUACGUUGGUUAUUGUGGUGAUAUGUCGAAAUAAGAAUCUUCGUAAGGCCAUCAACUUUUUUAUCCUUAAUAUGGCGAUCUCUGAUUUGUUCAUACCAGUCAUUUCUAUCCCUCUUCGGCUGUACGCACUGUUCACGGACUCGGUGUUUGGCGUGUGGCCAUUCAGCGGAAAAACAGGGCUGGUACUUUGCAAGCUUUCCAUGUUCCUGGCCGAUUCCUCGCCCAUUGUCUCCGUGCUGAGCCUUGUGUUUAUGACAUUCGAUCGAUUUAACGCUGUCGUCUUCCCUUUCAAAGCACACCUUGUGAGCUCCAAUGUGCGGGUGUGUUUACUGACCUUGUCUUGGCUGUUUGCGUUUGGAUUUUGCGCGCCGUAUUUCUACGCUGUUAAAUUGCAGCCAUAUGGCGAACAGGACAUGUGCGUGCUUGACUGGGGUCCAGCGCAUAAUCAGAGCUCAGCCAUGGACAUCUACAGCACCACAGCGUGCGUCCUCUUCACCAUCGUACCCUUCGUGCUUCUCUCCAUCAUGUACUCCAUCAUCUUGUGCAUACUAAGGAAGCAAUCCCUCGCGCACCCCACGGCACGGCAAGCGUCAAAACGAAGGCAAAGAAACAACCGUAACAUAGUCCUCAUGGCGUUAGCCAUCGUGUUUGUGUUCGCGUUCUGCUGGGGUCCAUACAAUGGCUUCAUCUUCAUGGUUACCAUCGUAUGGCGUUGGAGAAUACCUGAGGGAAUUGGAGCGCAGCUAGAUUUCGAAAUAUUCGCGUUUGUCACACAGUUUCUUACGUGCUCGAAUGCCGCGCUUAACCCGCUUAUGUAUUUUGUGUUUAUCGAGAACUACAGGUCCGCCCUCAAGAGUUUGUUUCGUAGAAGAAGGCCCCUUGAAAACGACCUCACGGAGACGGGGACAUCGUACAUGCAUAACCUCAAACGGAACAGUAACAGUGCUGAACAGGCCAGGCUUAUAGCAGAGGCAAUAAAUGUGAAAACUAGGAAAAAAAAUUAGGUAAUUUUCUUAGGAAAACAGUGUAUUUAAAGUGUUUUAUUUUUACAUGACAACUUAAUUAUGAAGAGUUAUCGAUAUGAGAAUGUAAAACACACAAAAGCGUUUAUGUAAAAGAUAAGUGAAAGAUUAUAAAUUUUCUCUCCAGGGGGAUAUCCACCA